UAACGGCGGCAAUUAAUCCAUGCGACACGCUCCUUUCGCUUGAGCCCAAGCAGCAGUUUCCACCCACAGGGCAGGUGGUCACCGAACAUGCCAGCAUUCACAAACUUCCUCCGACGCCUCCGGCUUCCCCAUUGCCCUUCCAGCGCGUUCAUGAAUCCCAGCAGCUCGGACUCUGACCCCAAUCCUGCCGUACGCUGACGUAGCUCUUCCCCAUACGGAUCCACAAGAUCGGCGAGUCUCACCAGGUCAACCACCAAACCCUUUGGAUUCAGCACUACCCUAUCGGGGUCUGCCGCCGCAGCAGACGGCGGCGGCAGAGACGGCGCGGGCGGUGCAGGUGCUGUUAUCGCGGGCGCGGCUAGGGUUUGCGGUCGGGGUGGAAUCGUAGGCGGAGCAGGGUACGAGGGGUCGUCACGCGCGAAGAGGCGUUGGAGGUAGAACACAAUGAGGCGGUUGUCGGGGUCCUCCUCGGUGGGGGCAGCUGGCGUAGAUAAGGAGGAGGCCCCGGUGGUGGUGGGCGUUAGUUUGUGGGAUAUGUUGGUGGCGACGCGGCGACGGGAGAAGGUUUGUUUGCGGGAACCUGCGCUCUCGUUGAAAACGGCGCGGUCGAUCUUCGGGGGAGAGAGGAACUCGCUAUCGCGGCGCCGGCGCCGGCCCCGGCGGGAGUCGACGGCGUAGGGCGAUGCGGCAGCUAGGGCCACGAGAUCCGACUGUGUCAGCGCCCGGAGAUCCACUACGGCUGCUACCUCAGUCCCCAUUGCCCAGCGUCGCCGUCACCGGCGGCUGCUGGGCGACGGAGGAUUCGGGGUUUGGCUUAGGAGGGGAGGAAACGCAUGAGUGCAGAGUGCUGGAUGCGACGAGGACGAUGGGGACGGGAGAUGUUCAAGACAGGAGUGGGCCAGUGUGGGUUGAGAUGUCGAGUGGCGCGGCGGGCCCCGUAAUCGAACGGUUACGGUGCCUUCCAAUUUGCGUGUUGAUUUGAUCAAACCCUGGACUGUGAAUACUGAACCCAACUAGUCUCACGUGGUCAUCACUCACCGCGCCGCCGCCGCCGCCACCGCCAGCAAUGGCGCGCCGCCUCUUCUGUGCCACGAGAACGCUCCUCCUUCCUGCCCCAGCUCCCGUGCCGGCGCCCACCUCUGCGUCUUCUGCAGCGGCCGCGGAAGCGUCGGCCUCGCUCCUGCCACUGCUCCCCUGCAAGCGGAGAAAGAAGCUCCUGAGGAAGCUCAACAGCCCACGGGUCGCGCCUAUCGAGCCGGAGGCCGCGCGUCGCGUUCCGGCCCUCGACGCCGUGCUCGACCGCGAUACGGCCUUCCGCUUCCUCCACCGGGCGCGCUCGUUCCUGGCUUCCCUCCCGCCUCCGCACCGGAUCCCCCUUGCCGAGGCUGGAAAGCUGUACCGCGAGCUCGGCUUCCCCCGCGGCCGCAAAGUGUCGCGCUCCGCUACGCGCCACCCGCUGCUGUUCCACCUCCCAGUCGUGGACUCCGUUCCGCACCUCGCGCUCACGCCGUUCAUGUGCUCGCUCCUCGAGGAAGAGCGCCGCAUCCACGACGACCUCCUCCCUUCGCGGGUGCUCGCAGUCAGGAAGCUCCUCAUGCUCACAGCCCACCGUCGCGUGCCGCUCGCGAAGCUCCACCACUGCCGCGCUGUGCUCGGCCUCCCCGACGACUUCCGCGACCGCGUCCAGGACUUCCCCGACGACUUCCGCGUCGUAGUCGAUCCCAGGGACGGCCGCCACUUCCUCGAGCUCGCGCGCUGGGACCCUGCGCUCGCCGUCAGUGCGUUGGAGCGCGACUUCGUCGUGGACGAGCGCCGCGUCCGGCGCACGUUCCGCUUCGCGGUCCCACACCGCCGGUUGAUGCCGCUUGACGCCGAGGACGCCGACCGCCUCGACAUGGCGACCACGUUCCCGUUGGUCUCGCCGUACACCAACGGCGCGCUGCUCAAGCCAUGGACGCCCGAGGCGGAAAAGUACCGCGUCGGUGUGGUGCACGAGUUCCUGAACCUGACGCUGGAGAAGCGAGCGAUGAUCCACCACAUCGUCGAGUUCAAGGAGGAGUUCGGGCUCACGCGGCACAUGUACGAGUCGUUACAGAAGCAGAACCGCGCUUUCUACCUCGCCGGCACAGAGAUGAACUGGGCCUUAUUCCUCAGGGACGCGUAUGACGAAAAUGGCGUGCUCAAGGAGAAGGAUCCCCUCGUGCUGUUCAAUGAGAAGCUUCAGCACUAUGCGUGUAUGAGCAAGAUAGAUUCCAGAGAGACCAUGAUUGAUACUGCAGGCUUGACUGAAUAAGGUCAGCUUUCAGUUGGUUCUGCCGCCAGAAUUCAAUUGUGCUUAUUUGCAGCCAGUAUACAGCACUGAAUGGUCUCACCAGGCUGAUGAGCACCUUAUCGCCAGCGAGGAGCCGCCCUCAUUGAGCCAUGGCUGCAUCUGUUGCUGCCCGUGAAUCAUAGACUGGAUCAGCGCAUCAGAUCGUACACCGCCACGUGGCCCAUUGGAACGAACUGUGACUGGACUCGGCCACCGGUUGUCAGGUACAGUCACCCAAGACAAUGCUGGCUCAACCUCGCGACCAUUCACAUCUUCUUUGGUCGGUGCAAGCGGCAAUUACUGAUCGUCUCACACGCGAAGGAUGUCCAACGUCGCCGCCUGGCUACUAAGUGGGUGAACCAAUGGUUGAACUCAUUGGCCUUUAGAUUUGUGCAAUGGAGUUCUGCAACAUCAAGAUUGAUACUGGCAACUCUAUUGAUAAGACUGCAGGCACAAAUAAAGGUUGGAUCAUGAAGUGAGAUCAAGCUCUUAUGGACAGGUAGCGAACUUCUUAUCCAAUCUUAGCUUAUUCCCAAUCGAGCACACGUGAAGAAGAAUAUUUUGUUUGACUACUGUAAAUGUUUAAGGCCAUGAAAAUUUACAAAUAUGAAAUAGUCGUGGUAUAUGUAUGCUAUUCAAAGGAGACUUCGUCUGCUGUUAACUAUUUCCUUCCGUUGCACACAUGUGAGCUUGCAAGUGCCACACUUAUGGUUUUGACCACACUGAGAUGCAAUGCGAAAAUUAAUAUUGUGUCUAUGGUCUGAAAUGUUCCCCCAACACUACUGAACAGGCUUUGCAGAAACAUAUUCUAGCAAUACUACAU